AGACUUGAUUCUUUAGUUAGAAAUUAAAGGUGCACCAUGUAAGAAUCUAGUCUAAUGCAGGGGUAUUUAAUUCCAGUCCUGGAGGGCCGGUAUCCAGCACAUUUUAGUUGUUUCUCUGCUCCAAACACACAAUUCAGUGGUUGAGUCCCCUGUGCAGCAGCUCAACCUGUUAAUCACCUGCUGAGUGAAAUCAGGUGUUAAAUCUAAUUUAGUCUGUUUGUUUGUUUUUUGGAAGGAAGGUUAUACUGAAAGAUAUUUCAUAUCCAGCUGGCUGAUGGAUCAUCAGUUUUUCUCCUUUUAAAAUAAAGAAAUGAGGAAAGUAACUGCUGUUAACCAUCGGUGGCGUUGCCGUGUCUCUUGAGAGCUGACGCUGCAGCGCCGACAUUUGUAAUCUGACGACUGCUGGCACAAAGCUCCAGAGUUGUUUGAAGUGGUUGCAGCAACCACAUUUAACACAGGGUGUCAUUUUUACUUACUUUCUACAUAAUGCACCUUUAAUGUCUUUACCUCUUGGUGAGAUUUUUAAUCUUAAAGAAGACACCCCAAAAACGUAGAACAGGGUUUCUGCAGAGUGGUAAAAGUUCAACUCGAGGAGCUGAAAGCACAAAGGUGACUUGGUAGUAAAUGAUUUUGUCACUCAUGCAGAUUUUUUGGUUUCGAGCUCCUUUUACAACUCCAAGGUUUAUACGUGCAUUCGGAUCCUGCAGCUUGGAUUGGUUCUGUGAUGUCGAUACUGUUGGUGACAUUCCAUCUCACAUUGGGAAAGCUUUGUCCUGCUUUGGCUUGAUGACCCGGUGUUGUGCCAAAGUAAGCGCUGGGUUUGGUGGAUUUCUUUCUCCAGCUGAUGGGACUUUUGGCAAAGUGCAAAAAUCAGAGUAAAUAGUUUUUAUUGGAUGUCUGUCUGGGGACAGUGGUACCGGUGUGACCCCCAACACUCAGCCUAGGUUACGCCCAGUCCAGAGUGUGAGGGGGAAACGGUUACUCUCAGAUCCCGUUUGAUGUACCAUUGAUUUAACACCUGAUGUCUGAAUUUUAAAAACACAUUUGAUGCCAAAAAGCAUUUAUUUUCAACAGGCAGCAAAAUAUCUUUUAGGUUUUGUGAAAACGUGGUGGAUUACACCUGCUCAUCAAACCAGACACGGAGAAGAGAACCAAAACUGGCCCUGUGGGAAGUGGCUGCUACGCUGGGGGAGAAGAGAUUCUGCUGUGACGUCAUAAAUGGGAGUCCUCGGUCUCCCAGGUUCCAACAAUCCUCACUUAGAGAACCACGUCGCUUGUGACCGCUCUUGUGGGCUGGUAAAAUAAAAGAUACGCUGGUCCCCCUGACGAUGUACAGCUGGAAAACGCACGCUCGCAUCAGCAGCAUUUGACCAGAGUUCACUUGAUUUCCUGCUGCUCAUUGAGUGAUUUGAACUUCCUGUAGUAGGCCAUGACGGAGUAAUUAUGUUCCAGCUGCUGGAGCGUUGCUCUUCCUUCUUCCAGCACCUGAUCACCGAGUUGGGGAGCAGGACACCAUCAGCUAGGGCUCUCUCCAGCCACCUGGGUUUUCACACACGCUGCUAAAAACACACAACAGUUAAACAGAAGUCCUCUGAAGGGGCUCCUUGUAACUUUGACCAAGAACAACAUUAGCUGAGUUUCACUGAGAAGUGUAGUUUCAUCAUUUUCUACAGUGAGUGCAUCAAACAUGAUGUAGUUGAACUACGGUUAAUCGCUGCUGCUGCUGGACACCAGUAACAGCAGUUUAUUUAACCAGAAUUUAAUUCUCGGAUUUGGCUUGAAACUGGUUUUUUAGCUCAUUUCCUGCUUUGUUUAUGCAACUGUCUCACAUGCAGAGCACUCCAAAUCCACCAGAAACUGACAGGUAUUUGCAAAUUUGUUGACAUUCACAAAAUUUGAAAAUAUUUAGACAUAGGAGCCUGCCACGCAAAAAGCUUUAUGUCAAAGAGAAACAAUGAAUUACAAGCAUAAAGGGGAGCAUUCUAUUAAACACCUAAAACUAUGGUAAUGGUCUUUUGUACCUUGAUUAUUUAUCUAAUUGGUGACCUACUGUAUUUUACUGAUUUAGCUCUGUACAGUUUUAAUUUUCUUGCAUUUUCUGCAUGGGUUAUUAUUUAUUUCUUUUGUAGCCAACAGUAAGUGCCCCCAGGCCAAUUCUUAUUACAAGCUCUCCUUUUGAGUACGAAACUGGCAUGUGUUGGCAGCGUUUGACCACCAGAGGGCGCCUCAAACCCCCGUGAGUGCUGAUUCAGAAAGCCAGUUGUAAUUCCGUUCUGUGUCGGUUGUUGAACAGAGAUGCUUGACUUCAGUCAAAGCCACUAAAUAGCUCACUUUUUCACUAUAGAGAACCACACUUACCUGCAAGCCUCAGAGUUACAACUCCUGCUUCUGUUGGAAUUUUAAAUGUAAACAUUUCAGUUGGGUCUGCAUGUGUGGGUUCUCUCUGGUUACUCCGGCUUCCUCCCACAGUCCAAAAACAUGACUGUUAGGUUGAUUAGUCUGUCUAAAAAUGUCCAUAGGUGUGAGUGUGUGUAUGCAUGAUUGUCCUGUGUGUCUCGGUGUUGCCCUGCAGUGGUCUGGCUCUCUGUCCUGGGUGUACCCCGCCUACUUGCCCGUUGACUGCUGGGGAUAGGUCAGUGAUGACAUUAAACAUUAAACCAACUGGAUCAACAGACUUUAAAUAAAAUGUCGGGAAUACAUCCAUGGAUAUUUAUAUAAUCGAUAGAAGUUACUACACCAACUGGCUUGGUCUAUAUUUAAUCAAAAGAUUAAUAUUUAAUUUAAGAGAUUUAAAUUAAUAGCAAAAGUUUAUUUAUUAAUUCAGAAGAUCUAAAGAGAUCUUUGCUCGUUCAGUGACCAAAUGCACCACUCUGUGUUUUAUUCAAAGAAGAGUCAGGUUUAAAAAGUGAAGAAUUUAUUACUAACAAUUUAAAGAUGAUGAUUCAAAAGACAAUUCAUAAAUGACAAUUUAAAAAAGCUUUGGUAUUAAAAACUUGGUAUUAAAGCAAUCUGUGUCUAAAUAAUGAUAUUGUUCAUGCACAUGUAAAAAUGCCUCUAUAGAGGGCCUGGCAUCUAAUCAAUCAAUUAAUUAAUUAUGCGCAUAUUUAAUUGGUUAUUAUGCAAAUUUCAUGCAGUAGUAGUUAAUGGCAACUAAAACAACAACAACAUCCAGACCCUUUAUGUCACAUGACCGAUGAUGUCAUCAUUAUUCCUUUGAUACUAGUAGGGGACACAUAGGUCAUACCUUCUAGCUUCCAGUCAGACGUCACGUCUUAGCUCGCAGAAGAGAUUACAUUUCACCCACUUUUAAGAACACAUAAAGCAAACAUGCCGUCACUUAGAUCCGUGUUUGCGAAAUGUGUUAACUUUUUCACCGCACACUCAAAAAAGACCACAAACAAGAAACAGAAUGCAAAUGGAAAAUCCAAAAUCAAAUUCUGUAAAACAGCAGCUCCACCUGUUUCUACUCGAAGUGAAUUAAUUAGAGCUCUGCUGGAUAAGCUGGACAUGCAAGAAAAACUUAUUAUUCUGUUACAAAAGUCUCUUUCACAGACAGAUACCAGAACAGUUUCAACCCAAACGUUUUCAAAAGAAGUCUCAACUCAAACGGACUCCAGUUUCUUUGAAAAAGCCGUGUCUAAGCCAACUUUAGCUGCUUGUGUACAGCCAGAUGCCACGAAGCAGAAAACCGUGAUCUUCAAACAAAACCAACAGCCUCCUAGAGUAAGUAUUCCUGGGAAAGAGACAGGUCUGCCAAAACCCAGAAAAUCUGUAUGUAGCAAUUUCUCAACAAAAUCUGUCGGCGGUUUCAGUAAUUUUGCCCAACCAUCAGGAGAAAUAUUUAAAAAACACUUCUGCUAUUUCUCAAACUUGUUUAAUAACUGCUGGAUGAAUUCUACAGUCCAGUCGAUUAUAAACCUUAAAUCUGUCAGAAACACUUUAAAAACCCGCGCCAGACUUCCACAAACACCGUUUUCGAAUGUAUUCCUCAAAGCUGUGAAAAACCCGGGAAAGUCUUUCUCCCCAAGUGAAAUACAUCCAGUUCUGAAGAAGUUAAGCCAGAAAAUCCCAUCGUUACGCCUGGGACAGCAGAACGACAUCGUGGAUUUUUUCGAACCGGUCAUGGACUGGCUAGAAGAAUGUGGGAUCCAGUCACGUCUGGAGGUGACUAAUGUGAGCCAGUGUAGCGACUGUGGGUGGGAUUCAAUCGACCACUCCACCAAGAGCAGCAUUUGUUUCCUAUCACUGCCAGAAGUAAACGACUCCACCACGUCUCUCCUGCACCAUAUGUCUUUAGAUGGACAGGACGCAAAAUGGUGCAGAGACUGUGGAGGUGAAACAACAGACCGUGUGUACUUUAAUUCCCCAGACGUGACUGCUUUAUAUCUGCCCAGAAACCCAGGAGACAACGUAUCAGUUCGUCUGGAUGCAACCCUCAACAUUCCCCAGGAAAGUGGGACAGAGACAUACACCCUGUCUUCUGUCAUUUGUCACAAGGUCUUGACUUCAUCUUUGGAACACUUUUACACAUAUGUGAUUUAUGAGAACAAGACCAUAAAGGUCGAUGAUUCCUGCAUUUCAGUUGCAACAAAAUACGACAGAGCUGACCUGUCUGAAAAUGGGAUCAUCUAUGUUUAUGAAAGGCAUGCGCCUCAGUAGGACAGCGGCUGCCAACUCAAGAGUAGGUCCAUAUUUUGUCCAAUUACACAUCAUAGCAAACUUUACUGUGUGAGGAGGUCCGACAAAGUCAAGAAGAUGAAUAGCAUCGCGCCCACGGCGUCUGUAAGUCAGACAGUCGAUCCCCAGAGAGAUUUCCCCGAGGAACUGUGUUCCAUUGAUUCCCAAAGCAACGCGAGCGGUGUCUGAUAAACCGUGUGGACGGCCCCACGUCUGCUCACAGGUAAGAGUAACGGCUAACUAGCUACCGUGUUAUGUAUCUACUACCUGGCCCAACGUUAUAAUUACCAAAAUUUGUGAACUUGGAAAAAAAUGAGGUUCUUGAGUGUCUCGUUUUACAGAAUAUGACACAUCAUCUGUAACGCUUGUAUUUUCAUCUUCGGCCAUUUGUGGGGCAGUGCCUGUACAAGUUUUCUGAUAAUUCUUUGUCACAAUCUUGCAACUCUUCUUGGCAUGUCUGACUUACGUAUUCAUUGACCAGGCGAAACCGGGUCCUUUGCUUAGAAGCAAGAUGCAAUUGCCCACUUAAAUCCUCGUUUUCUCUAUGUAGAUUAUUUCUUUCAAGCCUUCGUACACAUAGCCAAUGUUUUUGGUUUUGGUUCUGUAAAAAAGACGCUUAAGAAAUUAAUUUUUUUUCAAGUUCAAACAUUUUACAACCAAAUCCUGAUUUUUUCCCCUUUUCAAUCUCCAAUAGUAUUGACAGAAGUGGCACGACGCAGAUACAAUCCAGACAGCUUCUCAGUGUGCUGAUCUGAACUGAAUGACUUGUGUUUGGGUCCAAUUAUCCCUUAUAUGCUGCAGUUAAUUGUCCUAAUAUGGCGUUCUAUGACGUAACAAAGGACAUGUCGCGCAUGAGCACGUGAACACAGUCGAUUAUUAGCUCCGCCUCCACCAUGACGUGUGUCGAGCCCCGAACGCCACAGCGCGCCCUGUUCAAACCAAGCCCCCACAAUGCCUCUCUAAAAAUGGUCCCAACCCGGAAGUAAGAAAAAUUGCAGUUCCACCCUCAUCCGCUGGGGGCUGCUGCCAGAAGCGAGCAAAUCCUCAUUGACUCCCAUGUUAAAAAUGCCGAUUUCACAGCAGAAAUAAACAUGUUUACAGCCUGGUACCAAAACAUGUUUUUUGUCUAAAUUAUCGAGUUUAUACUCAUGACAACUCUGAGGGGGGUGAAUUUUUUUCUCACUCUUCUGUUUAAGUGUAUUGAAAGCCUAAAAUUCUGUAUAAUUAAUGAGCAUCCGACACACGUGACCGCCGCCUCAGACCCACGUGACCACAGAGCUAGCUCCGUGGAAAGGCCUCAGUACAGCCUCGGUCUCUCCUGGAAACUGUGUCGGGAUUUUGAGUCUCUGUGCUUGUGAAUUCUGUUUUGGAUAAUAUUGGUGCAAUUGUUGGACAAAAUGACUUGCUGUGGUAUUAAUUGCACUAAUAGAGCGUCCAAGGAGUCUCCACUUCAUUUUUUUCGCAGGCUUGGAGUGACACCUGUGUCCAUUCUUCCAUCCGGUAAUCCCCAGCGGUCAGGCCAGGCAGCCUGACCGGUGCGGCGGCUAGUUUCUGCGCGGGCUGACCGCUCGUGGAGCUCUCAGAGACAGAUCUGA